AUGGCAGAAAGAAUACUACAAGAUAUAGCUGAACAAAACAAGCGUCUUACAAUAGCGCAAAUCAAUAAAAACACGGAAGAGAAAGCAGAAGCCUACCACAAUCUAGGCAGAGCUUAUUUCUUACUCAAGGACUUCCAUCAAGCAAUAGAGUACCUCAAGCAAUACCUGAGCAUUGCUGAGGAAGUCGGUAACAGAGCAGGUCCAGGACGUGCCUAUGGAAUUCUCGGCUGUGCUUAUGGAUCCCUCGGUGACUCCAAACGAGCAAUAGAGUACACCGAUAAAUGCUUCAUCAUUGCCAAGGAAGUUGGUGACAGGGCAGGUGAAGGAUGUGCCUAUGGCAAUCUCGGCGUUACUUACCACAGCCUUAAAGAAUUCCAACAAGCAAUAGAGUACCACAAUCAACACCUCAGGAUUGCCAAGGAAGUUGGUAACAGGGCAUGUGAACGCAUAGCCUAUGGCAAUCUCGGCCUUACUUAUUACAGCCUUCAUGAAUUCCAAAGAGCAAUAGAGUACACCAAUAAAAGCCUCAUCAUUGCCGAGGAAGAUGGUAACAGGGCAGGACAAGGGGAAGGCUAUCGCAUUCUCGGCAAUAUUUCUUUCUUUCUCGGCGAAUACCAACGAGCAAUAGAGUACUUCGAUAAAUGCUUCAUCAUUGCCAAGGAAGUUGGUGACAGGGCAGCUGAAGGAUGUGCCUAUGGCAAUCUCGGCUUUGCUUAUUACAGCCUUAAAGAAUUCCAACGAGCAAUAGAGUACCACAAUCAACACCUCAGCAUUGCCAAGGAAGUUGGUAACAGGGCAUGUGAAGGAUGUGCCUAUGGCAAUCUCGGCGUUACUUAUUUCAGGCUUUAUGAAUUCCAAAGAGCAAUAGAGUACACCAAUAAAAGCCUCAUCAUUGCCGAGGAAGAUGGUAACAGGGCAGGGCAAGGAAAAGGCUAUAACAAUCUCGGCAAUAUUUAUUUAUUUCUCGGCGAAAACCAACGAGCAAUAGAGUCCACCAAUAACUGCAUCAUCAUUGCCAAGAAAGAUGGUAACAGGGUAUUGGAAGGCGUAGCCUAUUCUAAUCUCGGCACUAUUUAUCACACGCUUCAAGAAUUCCCACGAGCAAUGGAGUGCCACAAGAAACACCUGAGCAUUGCCAAGGAAGUCGGUGACAGAAAAGAAAAAGGACGUGCCUAUUUAAACAUCGGCCAAGUUCGUAAAUCCCUCGGCGACGUGCCACGAGCAAUGGAGUACUACAAGCAAUGCCUGAGCAAUGCCGAGGAAAUCGGUGACAGGGAAGAACAAGGACGUGCCUAUUGCCGCCUCGGAUGUUGUUAUUUAGAUCUCCACGAGUUGAAGGAAGCAAUAGAGUGUUACAAGCAACACCUGAGCAUCUCCCAGGAAAUCGGUGACACGAUGAAAGAAGCAUGUGCACAUAAAGGUCUGGGUCACUCUUUGUUGGAAUCACAUUCUUUGAAUGAGGCUUUAGAACAUUUUAGAUGCAGUGUUAAAAUCUUUGACACUAUUAGAGCCAAUUCUAUCUCGGAAGAUCAAUUGAAAAUAAGUUUCUCUACGAGUCAUAGAUGUGCCUAUACUCAUUUAUGGCAAGUUUUAAUAAUGCUUCAAAGGAAUGACGAGGCUUUAUACGCUGCUGAGAGGGGACGAGCACGGGCUUUGCUCGAUGCCUUAAAAGUAACUUAUGGCCUUACAUCACUUUCUCUCAGGUUAAUUGAAUCUGAAGAAGAAGUCAAAUAUCUUUCAAUGAACACAGCUGUUUUAACAGUUUUCCUUGCCCUGGAAUUGAAAACAGUCAAUAUGUGGGUAUUGCGAAAAGAGGGCAACCCUAUUUUUAGGAAAGCGGAGUUUGAAAUUGGAGGUGCACACGAAGAUUCUUUUGCUCUCCUUUUAGACACUGCUUUGAAAAAAAUGAGGGCUGGCGUCGGUAUUAGGUGCGAAAAUCGGUCAAUGGAUCAGCUGAGUGACGACCCAACUUCAACUACUCGAGACGAUGAUCAAACAUCGAAGCCAUUAAGGGGAACCACCGACUGUUUACAGCCAUUAUAUGAUGCAGUUAUUGGUCCCAUUGAAGACUUGCUUGAUGGUGAUGAAUUAAUUGUAGUCCCAGACGGCGCUUUGUCUAAAGCUCCUUGGGCAGCCCUGAGUGAAACUUUAAGGAUCCGUACUGUUCCCUCACUGACAAGUUUGAAAGUCAUCACAGAUUCUCCAAUUGAAUACCACAGUAAAAGUGGAUCCCUGCUCGUUGGAGAUCCAUGCUUGAAGAAAAUUACAAAUAAGUGGGGGAACCCCAUUUAUGAUCCUCUGAAAUACGCAAGAAUGGAAGUGGAGAUGAUUGGAAAAAUUCUAAAGAGUCAACCCUUAACAGGUGAAGAUGCAACCAAAGAAGCGGUACUUCAGAGAAUCAAGUCAGUGUCUUUGGUUCACAUUGCAGCCCACGGAAAGCCGGAAACCGGAGAAUUUUUUUUGGCCCCAGACCCCCGAUGGGAAUCCGACAAACCUAAGGAGGAGGACUGCAUUAUGAAAAUUUCUGACAUACAAGCUGUUAAACUGAGAGCGAGACUGGUUGUGCUAAGUUGCUGCCACAGUGGUCAAGGAGAGGUCUCGUCUGAGGGUGUGGUCGGUAUGGCACGUGCUUUCUUGUUUGCUGGUGCUCGUUCCGUGCUGGCGACACUCUGGGCAAUUGAUGACGAAGCCACAAUGAUAUUUAUGGAAUCUUUCUACCAACAACUUAAAAGUGGAGAAAGUGCAAGUGUUGCUCUUCAGAGGGCCAUGAAAUGUCUUCGAGACCACCAAGAUUAUUCUGCUCCAAAGUACUGGGCUCCUUUUGUUCUGAUGGGCGAUGACGUCAAGAUUGAAUUGGAAAAAGAGUCAUGCAUUGAGCAAGUCCGAGUUAAGUGGAGAUUUUUUUUCGUGCUGUUCUAAUAACAAAAGGCUUAAGAAGAAAAGCCAGAACCAUUCUUGUCAAAUUCAGAUACAAGGAAAAUGACAGACUUGAUAAUAAAUGUUUUUCAUUUUGCUAUUUUUGAUAUCAUCAUCCAUGGCAUCCUAAAAUUUAACGCUUUGACCUUUAUUUUGUUUUGAAAUGAAAGAUUAAUAAAUGUAUCAAUUGUUACUUUCUUUACAGGGAUGCGCUGAAAGUUUGAUGUCAACACAACUGCUGAAGUAGCGUGUAUAUAUCUGGAUUUCCCCAAAGAGAGAAGUGCGUUAUCUAAUAGCUGUCCUCAAUGGGGCGGUUGGUAAAAAACCGUGUUUUCAUUUUAGUCAUUUUUUGUCAGAAGAUAUUAAAUAGAGAGAUUUAUAGUCACGCUAACGGUAAAUAGCAAACGUCUACAGAUUCAAGUUGAGAAUUUCUCAAAAUAGAAAAUAUGCAGAUAAAAUGAAAACAGCUCAAAGCAAUUCUUAUGGAUAAAACUAACUUGAAACUAACAAUUUUUUGUAGAUUUAUUGAACAGCAAACGAAAAAGCUCGAGAAGUAA